GAGGUCACGAUGGCCCACUUUGCUCCCGUCUUAUCAAGCGACGACACUAAUGUUCUGGUACCUGAAUUUCCCCAAAUGCAGCUCCCGGGGGGAGGAGGCGCAUUCGGUGUGUUAUUAAAAUUUGCCCGUCAGGUCUAUUGGAUAACAAAACAUUUUCUUACUCACCGGGCAGUUCCUUCGCAUCCGCUGCAUGCUCUUUCGGGAUCCGGCCUUCGACCUCACGGACAUCUGUGACAUGCAAUUAAUCGCAAUCCCCCCCUUAGCCCCCUUGGCAUGCUGGCGUGGGGUUCUUACAGUCCAUGCUUGCAAGCUCUGGUUUCCACUGUUUGACGGUGUCGAUUGUCCGCCGUCCGUGAGAUGUGGCAAGGAUCAAAGCCGGGUCGAUGCCAUGGUCUCUUCCAAACCUACACGGGAAUGAGAAUUCUUCCUUCGUCUGGUGGUCUGACUUUUUACUGGGAGGGGAGGUGUUUACUGUUUCCAGUGUGCGAUAACCGCAGGCGUAGAAUCGAUCAGGGUACCUAGUGUUCACAUGGCAAAUCAGUCACGAACUUUACAACGUACCCUGGGCGCCUCCUCUUACAGACUGGGCUUACCGUCCAAAUCGAACAAGAUAGCUGCAUACUUCUUCGUAACCGGGGCAGCUUUCGAGAGGUGGUUGGUAGUCAUACUGUCUUUGCUGUUCUUAGCCUCUAGCUUUGGGAUUGGAAUGAAGCGUAAAAUGGAGUAAAGCUUGUCUGUGCACUCAACAGCGAAAGCUCGAAGAGGGGGAAAAGAGGAACUGGUUAAGGAAUGGAAGGCUCGGACACGCCCUGAUCGUGUCGGAGUCCUUCAAGGCAGCUCUUCCUCACUGUGCACCGCCCAAUCUUCUUGUGCCUAAUGAAGCAAUCGAUGCGCUGGACUAACCGAGUCGGGAAAUAUAAAUGCGUAGUUACAUUUUCUUGGUCUGAUCUUUU